UUGGUCUAUAAUCUUGGAGCAUCAAAACAACACGCUCCGUAUAAACGCAACUCCUCUUUUUUCUCUAUAAAUACAAACAAAACCACAUUUACUUUACAAUUAAGUUCUUCUAUUUCAGAACAAAAAAAACAAACACGUAUCUAGAAAACAGGGGCGACCCAGACCUUAAAGAACACACUACACAACCAUGGCCAACAACCUGAAUGUUCUUGUUUUUGUUCUUCUUGCAGUAGCAAAUCUUCUCCAUGGUUCGUUAGCUCAAACACGACACGUGGUUGGUGAUACCACAGGCUGGACUAUUCCAAACAAUGGUGCUUCAUUCUAUGUCAACUGGGCUUCCAAAAAUACCUUCUUAGUGGGCGAUACUCUUGUGUUUAAUUUUCCAACCGGACAACACGAUGUUGCUAAGGUAACAAAAUCAGCUUUCGACGGUUGCAGUGGAGCGAACACUCUUUCUAUGUUAACAAACGGUCCAGCUACGGUGACUCUCAACGAAACGGGACAACAAUAUUUCAUUUGUACCGUUGGACCUCACUGUUCUCUUGGUCAGAAAGUGUCUAUUAACGUUGUUAAAGCUUCAACUUCACCUGUUUCUGCUCCUAAACCCAGUGCUUCUUCUCCACCAAAACAAGCACCAGUACAAGCACCAGCACCAACCACAGCCACAACCGCUUCACCUUCUCCAGCACCAACCAUCACUGCUUCACCAUCUCCAGCUCCUGUUACUGGACCUGUUACUUACACAGUCGGUGACACGUUAGGUUGGACUAUUCCCUCUAACGGUGCUGCUGCUUAUACAGCUUGGGCUUCUCGCAAGUCUUUCAAAGUUGGAGACAUUCUUGUUUUUAAUUUUCCAUUGAAGGCACACAACGUGGAAGAGGUGACAAAGGAAAAAUAUGGUUCUUGCAGCUCAUCUUCUCCGAUUGCCACUUUUAGCAAUCCACCCGUGAGAGUCACACUUAACAAAACUGGUACUCAUUACUUCAUCUGUGGUGUUCCCGGACACUGCUCUGCUGGCCAAAAGCUUUCCGUCAAUGUUGGUGGUGGCAGCAGCAGCAGCCCCGCCUCGUCACCUUCUCCGUCCGCCUCAUCACCUUCUCCAUCAGCAUCAUCACCAUCACCUUCUCCGUCAGCAUCAUCACCUUCUCCUGCCGCCGAUGCCACUCCACCUUCCUCCUCUGGUUCUCCUCCACCGUCUUCUACCGUUACCCCUUCUUCUCUGUCUCCAGGUGGUUCUGUCAGCCCUCCUCCUGAGAACUCAGGUGCCGCUUCUCUUGGAGUUGCUGGAUUAUUUGUCGCAAUUCUCUCCGUUGCCGCAUCAUUUUUCUGUUAAGAGAUAUGAGAUGAGAUCCUAGUUAGGAGGAUUAAUUGUUUUUGAUUUUGAUUUGUUGGUGUACGUGAUUCUUUGUGUUUCUUUUGGCAUUGUGUUUUUUUUUGGACACUUUUACAAUGUUGUUACUUUCUGUUAUUCUGCUACAAUUUUGGUUUUACAUUUUAUUUUUAUUUUUUAUGAGAAUAAUAGGUGGUGUACGGUUGUGUUAAUAUACUAAUAAAUAAAUAAAUACUUGUUUUUGAAAUAAA